AAAAACGUGGAAAAAAAUAAAAUAAAAUCAAGACACAUGCUUCUUAUAAUGCCUUAAAGAGAGAGAGACAGGAAGACAAUAUGGUUUGGUUUAGCUUCUCGUUGGUUAGAUUAUAAUUGAAUUGGUGUUAAAAAGAGAGCAUAGAGUUGUUUAGUGAAGGAGGGAUUGAUGAGUGAUUCUAUUCCUAAUCCUGUCUGGACUACUUGCAAGGAUGCAGCAGGAAUCGCCGGGAAUAUCUUCGCUUUUGGGCUGUUUGUAUCGCCUAUACCAACAUAUAGGAGAAUCAUCAGAAACCGGUCAACAGAACAGUUCUCGGGGUUGCCAUAUAUAUAUGCGCUCAUGAAUUGCUUGAUCUGCAUGUGGUACGGCACGCCCCUCGUAUCUGCUGAUAAUCUUUUGCUUGUCACUGUCAAUUCAUUUGGUGCUGUAUUUCAGUUAGCCUACAUUAUCCUGUUUACAAUAUAUGCUGAGAGAAGAAUAAAGCAGGUCAGGACGUUAGCUUCGCUGCUAGUUGUGCUCGGCCUAUUUGCAAUCAUAGCCGUAGGAAGCUUGCAAAUAACUGAUCGAAUGAUACGUUGGCUCUCAGUUGGCUCAUUGACUGUUGUUUCUCUCAUAUCAAUGUUUGCUUCCCCGCUAUUUAUAAUUAAUUUGGUGAUCCGAACAAAGAGUGUUGAAUUCAUGCCAUUUUAUCUCUCCCUUUCCACUUUCUUGAUGAGCACCUCUUUCAUGCUGUAUGGACUUUUGAAUUUCGAUGCCUUUGUUUAUGUUCCAAAUGGCAUAGGCGCCAUUUUGGGAAUUAUCCAAUUAGCCCUAUACGUUCACUAUAAGAAGAAAUCCACACAAGACUCUAUAGAACCCUUGAUAGCUUCGCAUGCAUAAAUUAACAUGCUGAAAUAAGAAGGAUAAUCCAUGGCGGGUCUAGCAGCUCAUAAAGCUCAUGUUACUGAUCCUGUGUUAGCUGAGGCAGUUACCUGAUUGUUUGCUGGUCACUUUUGUUGGUGGUGUUCCAGAAAGGUUGCAGAAGUUCUUGCAAGAGUGUUAGUUUGGCAGUGUUUGGUCUUGAGAAUAUUUUUUUCUCAGUGAUGAUGACCUCCAUUUAUUGAGGACUGCUUUUCCAAGUUGCCACUUUUCCUAUUGUCCCUCAUCUUCUUCAAUUCGUAACUCUUCUCACCAUUCUUUUUCAAUAUUUGAUUGUACCACUCGGAAGCCUCGUAUGUUUCUUUACCUGUUGCUCUCCUUCCUAUUUUAAUCUUGUUUCAUCAGUUGCUCCAUUCUUGUUGUAAUCUUGAACAUCAUUGUUCCUUCAAAAGCAAAAAUUGAGAAAAAAUGAUGCUGUGGUGGUGCCUUGGUGGACACAGCAUUCUUUGGGUAA